CCGCCGGGACUGGGGGGCGGGGAGGGGGGGAAGGGCGGACCCUCGGCCUUCGAAAGUCUCCGUCGAGGCGCCCUCGACGUCUCGCAAGAUCUCACCCUCCGACCCGUCGUCCUCCGGUCCCGCAGCGGGAGGGAGCGAGAGACCCGGAGCUGCCGGAGCAAAGAUCCUGCCUCGACCCGUCCCACCUGAGGGUCGCGGGGACCGCCGUUCCGCCCCUCCCGACCUCGGCCGCCGGGACCUUCCGGCCGGGCCCCGGAGCAGCCUGGAACACCCGCGGCCUCGCCCCUCUCGGGACCGGCCCCGGCCCCGGUGGGCGGAGAGAUGAGAGUCGCUUCCCUCCGGUCGACGAAGACGAGCCACAUGGACGUGACCAAGAUCUUCUCGCUGCUGCGGCUGGAGGAGGAGGAGGAGGUCGGGGAGAGGAUGGAGGGAGAGGGGGAGGAGGCGGCCGCCCGGGCCAAACAAGAGCUGAGCCGGGCGGUGGGCGCCGACGACCACGGGGCCCUGGACCUCCUCCUGCGCCAGCCCCGCUACAAGCGCUUCAUCGACAGCCGGAGCGGCUGGGGGGUCCCGGGGACCCCCCUGCGCCUGGCCGCCGCCCGCGGCCACCCGCGCUGCCUGCGGGUGCUGCUGGCCCACGGGGCCGAGGUGGACCGCCUGGACGCGAAGGCCCAGACGCCGCUCUUCACCGCGGUCAGCCACGGCCACGCGGCCUGCGUCCGCCUGCUGCUGGAGGCCGGGGCCAGCCCCCUCGGCAGCGCCUUCAACAACUGCUCCCCGGUGCUGGCGGCGGCCCGGGAUGGCCACCGGGCCAUCCUGCGGGCUCUGCUGGCCCACGGCGCCGACGCUAACGUCCGGGCCCGGGUCCCCGCCUGGGCCCCGGGCCCCGCCGGCUGCACCGGGCCCCUCUACCUGGCGGCCGCCUACGGGCACCUGGAGUGCUUCCGGCUGCUCCUGCUGCACGGGGCCGACCCGGACUACAACUGCACCGACCCGCGGCUGCUGGCCCGGGUGUCCCGGCCCCGCACCCUGCUCGAGCUCUGUCUGCGGCGCGGCUGCGGCCCCGACUACGUCCGCCUGCUCGUCGACUUCGGGGCCAACGUCUACCUGCCGCCCCUUCCGCCCGGGGGACCCCCGGCUGACGGCGAGGCCGUGGCGCUGCUCCGCAGAGAGAGAGCUCAUCCCAAGCCGCUGAUGUCCCAGGCGCGGCUGGCGGUCCGCAGAGCCCUGCCCCUGGCCGGCCGGGCCCAAGUGGUCGACCAGCUGGGACUCCCGCCGCGGUUGGCCGACUACCUCAAACACCAGUCCUAGGCCAGGGUCUGGGAGCCGCCCCCCGGGCCCGUGUUGUCCUGCAGAAAUAAAAGGGAGGAAAGGCAGGCGGAGGAGCCACGGGCCUCGGCGAGACGGGCGGGGGUCCCCGGAGGAGUCCGGCGAGCCAACCGGCCGUCCCCCCGCGGAGACGCGGUGCUGCAGGUGUGGGCCCCUCCCUCUCUGGACGCUCUGGACGCGAGGGCCGGGGGGCCAGGCGGUGACCGCCACCGGGGAUGGCGCCAGCCAGGAGGGGCCAGAGGGGGGAUGCGACGCUGGAGACCCCGGGGCCCCCGGGGGCGUCCAGCCAGAGGGCCCUAGGGGUCCCCGGGGAGCCCCCUUUCCCGUCCCCCUCCUCCUUCCCUCUCACCUCCCGGAGGACCCCAGCGGGAGAUCCAGCUCAAGUAACGACCCCUCCGGGGGGCCCGAGUCCUUCCGUUGCAGCGAGUGGGGUCUAGGUUAGACGGUCGACGUCGAGGUCCGUGGGACCCUGCGACAGCUCGGUGUAGGGCAAGGCGGAAUCUCCCCGUUCUGGGGGAUGCACGUAAAGGCGGGAGAAUCGACUAGGUAUCACUUGCCGUCUGGGUGGCUUUGGGAGAUUCGCGUAACCUCUCUGGGCCUCGGUGACCUCAUCUGUAAAAUGGGGAUUAGCCCCUCUUUCUUCUUUCCCCUCAGAUCGAGCCCGUUAUGGCACAGGGACUGGCUCUGACCCUCUCAUCGACCCCAGUGCUUAUUACAGAGCUCGGCCCCUUCUUAGCACUUAGUUAUAAUCACUACUGUUCUUAUGUUAUUCCUCUUCGGUGGUCUUUCCCAGGUGGGCCCGGGGCGGGCUGCUGUCGGAAAGGAAUCCUCCCCAUCAACCUAGGACAGAUUUUACUGUUAUUAUUAUAUUAUUCCUCUUCGGUGGUCUUUCCCAGGUGGGCCCGGGGCGGGCUAGUGUUGGAAAGGAAUCGUCCCCAUCUACCUAGGACAGAUUUUACCGCUAUUAUUAUAUUAUUCCUCGUCGGUGGUCUUUCCCAGGUGGGCCCGGGGCGGGCUAGUGUUGGAAAGGAAUCCUCCCCAUCUUCCUAGGACAGAUUUAAUAGUAGGGGCCACCCCGCUAUUUGUGGGAAGACCCGGAACUCUUCAGCGUACGGGCGAGAUGCCGAAAAGACAUCUUCGGUCCUUAAGGGGCCGAGGGGCUACGUACACGGACCUACCUCCGCCCGGGGACCGGGCCGAGCCACGGCGCGUAGUCCCCGAAACCAUCUCGCUCCCCCGAAGUGAGGAAAGAUGACCCGUCUACGCACCUGAGGUCCAUAAAGCAGCGUCUCGUGGAUCGUAUCGUCGCCACCCGUGGGGCUAGAGCGACGUGUUCACCGAAGCCAUGCCCGGGGACGAGGACGCUCCGGAGGCGUGUUCACGGGAAGACCGUAUCGGGAAUUCUGCCAGGGCCGGGGACUGACGGCACAGCCGAAGAAAACCCGCCUCACCCCGCCAGACCUAGAAAUAGGCAAAGAUUUUCGUUGGCGACGCGGAACUUGGUUCUGGCGCGGGGUUCUACUUAGGCGGACCCCGUUCGACAACGAUAGCGUGAUGGGAAGCGAGGAGUUCAGUGUGGCCUCCGGCCAGUCGCCGGAAUGCGGAGACGCGGGGCGAUCGGACUCGAUGGUGCAUUGAAGGUCGAUGAAGCCGUGGAGGUUUCCGCCCUUCUCUGUGACCACGCGGCCCGGCUCUGCUCCAGAAAACCCGUCCGGCCUCUCAAGCGCUUUCGCCAGCGUCACUUCCGAGCCUUACUCGCCAUCAGGUGGCUGGUGGGAUCCACGUCGUGGCUCCGUCCCGAGGGGAAAGGACACUGGGGGGAAGGUUACGACCCUCCUCCUCGCCCUGCUCUAUUCCGGGGUGGUCCUUCCCUGGGGGUGGCUGAGGGACACCAUGGCCUGGGCCUGGAGAUCGUUCUCUGACUAUUCCCGCUUUUCCCGGCGAAGAAACCGAGACACCCUGCGAUCCCCACCCUCCCCGACACCCUGGUUUUAUUUAUACUACCGCACCGUCGGCCCUUGACUCCUGACCGGACUGGAGAUCUAUAAAAGGAUUUUGAUUAGUUUUUC